AUGAUGAUGAACCUUCCCGUGGUGGCUCCUCUUCCCUCGACGCCUGUCUACUCGCGGCCAACAUCAUCCUGCUCGUCGCAGCAAGGGCCGCUGCUCUCACACACAUUCAACGGCACCACCAUCUCACCUGCCGUGCUCACACCGGCGGCUUCCCCACAGCCCAUCAAUUACAAGUCACUGCUUGCGCUCGACACGGGACUCAACGAGUUCGAUGGACUCCGGUCCCCGUCGACUCCUGCGCUCUCGUGCUCCGGCAGCACUGUCAGCAGCCCCGGCAGCACCUAUGAGAUGCUCGCCACACCGCUCAACCCUAUGCUCUCUGGCCUUGACGGUUUUGAGACCAAGGGCAAGAGGGAAGAGGAGGGGCUCGAAUGCUUCCCUGACCUGGAGCCAUGGUCCUCCAGCUGCUCCUCACCUCAGCUUGUGCCUGUGUACCUUUCAUCCCGCGCACAGGCUCCCCAGACUGCCACUGCCACGCUCAACAGACAAGCCAGCAACGACCUCCUUUCUCCUGCAUCGUGCCCGUCACUUUCUCCAUCACCCUCCCCUUACGCGCGUUCAGUGUCUUCCGACGACAGCUUCUGCGAUCCGCGCAAUCUGACUGUCGGCUCUGUCAAUUCCACUCUUGCUCCAGAAUUUGCGGCUCUCCCCGCUUUUUGCCUGGGUGAGGAAGAGGAUCAAAAAUUCGUGCUCAGGGGCGAUUCGUUUGCCAGCUCCCACAACGCGUCCACCAUCUUCACCAGCCAGGACCUGCACCGCACCCUUCCCUCCAGCUUCACUACUGGUGACCUGUCAGACUUUGACUCUGACGACGAGUUCCAAGGCCUUGCCAUCUUGAGCGAGCCCCUCGUGUCCCAGGCCAGCAGCCGGUCGCGUUCCUGCAGCGAGACCAGCUUCAACUGCGAGGAAGACUUUGAGGACAGCGACUCCUUUGCUGCCAGCUACCUGCCCAGCCCACCAAGCUCGUGCGAGGACGCCGACGAGCAUCAACCCAAGAGGCAAAAGAAGUCUGCCGACAGCUGCUGCAGCAAGCCCGCCAUGAACGUCGCUGCUGAGGCCGAGGCCCAAUCAGGGGCUGCUCAGGACCAGUCCCAGACCCCGGCCAACCAGGACAACACCACCAGCGAGGCCCAAAACAUCAACUCGGGUGUCAACUCCGCUUCUCCCGAUACCGCUGACACCCCCUCCGGCACCCCCGCUGCUCCCACCAACCGCCGUGGUCGCAAGCAGUCCUUGACCGAGGAUCCCUCCAAGACCUUCGUCUGCGAGCAGUGCAACCGCCGGUUCCGCCGCCAGGAACACCUCAAGCGUCACUACCGUUCUCUCCACACCGAGGACAAGCCCUUCGAGUGCCACGAGUGCGGCAAGAAGUUCUCUCGCUCUGACAACCUUUCCCAGCAUGCCCGCACCCACGGAGCCGGCGCCAUCUCUCUCGACCUUCUCGAUGGCUCCGACAUGGCUGCCGCCGCCGCCGCCGGUCACCUAGGUCAAGGGUAUCCACACCCUCACGGCAUUUCUCUUGCUCCCGACUACCACACGCUCGGCCAUGUGUUGUUCCAAAUUAGUGCUGAGAUCCCAGGCAGCGAGUCGUCGUCGGAUGAGAGCACCGAGUCCAGCAGGAAGAAGCGCAAGAGGUCAGAGUAA